AUGGCACUGGCUUUGGCACCUCCUGCCCAUGCAGCAGCUCCAACCUGGGUGCAGUACGAUCUGAACACAGGAGAAACUUUGUAUGACAUCGACUUCGACGAGAAAGACCCCAAUCAUGGCAGCUCGGCACGGCAUGGCACGGCAAUAAACAAUGAGAUGGUGAGAUGGUCAAUAAAUUGA